AUGAUACAACUGUUGCCUUUCGUUCCUGUUACGCCGACUAACACUAAUGCAGUGGUAUGGAAAGUCACACCCUUAUUCGCAACAUGGAUCUCUUCCCCUACAAACUUCCUCUUCACAAAUCAGUUGAUCACGCCCAGCUCCACCAUACUCGAGCUCGGCGCAGGCGUAUCAGGCAUCGUGGCGCUCUGCCUGGGUUCCCGAAUAGCAAGCUAUACGGCCACCGAUCAAGACUACGUGCUUAAACUGCUUCGGCAGAACAUCGCCGAAAACCUCGGUACUGUGAUACCAGUGAAGAAAAACAGUGGGAGGGGGAGUAAGAAACAUCAGGGUCACUCAAAGAGUGGUGGUGGUGGUGGCGGCGGUAUCGACCGCAUCACAACAUUGGAGCUUGACUGGGAGACAGACGCCACUUUUCACCUCAAUCCUGUGGAUAUGAUCGUAGCGUGUGACUGUGUCUACAACGAAGCCCUCGUUGAGCCGCUCAAUGCAACGUGUGCUGCACUAUGUAGGCUGAAAGAGGGAAGUGGGAGCCCCACGCUAUGUCUGAUAGCGCAGCAGCUACGUAGUCCAGAAGUCUUUGAAACUUGGUUGAAAAGCUUUCAUCGAAGUUUUCAUGUCUGGCAGGUGCCUGAUAGCAUGCUAGGUGAGGGGUUGAAGGAGGGGAGUGGGUUCGUGGUGCACGUUGGCAUUGUGAGGUGA